AUGUCAAACCAUGUGACUGCAACCACUACCAUUCUAUCCAGCCAAAGCUCCGAUGAAAGCAUUGAGGAGAUAUAUAUGAGCACUGCCUAUAUCUUCCUUAGCCUAAAAUUAGAUCGAGAUACGGUUGACACAGAAGAAAAGGCCGCAAGCUUCCACGAGCAGCGCCUGUUGAUUCCUGGGAAAUUAGCCUUCUCAUAUACUCAUGGUAUCUACUGA